GGACCUAGAAGACGAGAGCUCAAAAAUCACAAGUGUUAUUUAUACACACCACAGAUGUUAGAUAACAAUGAAUACCUCGCAGUUCGGUGCGCGAAAAGCAUAACGACCGUUACAGAGAGGUAAAGACUGACAUUAUGACGCGUCAUUCAAAAAAUUGUACUGCUCAUACUGUCUAUACUUAUUAUGAGCGAAAAAAUGAUGCACUGAGAUCCGGUUUUGGUACACAGGAAAUCCGGUUGGGCAAGGACUCAGUAAAAGCACUCGAUUGUUGCUGUCUUUCAUUGCAACCAGCAAAAGAUCCUAUGGUUACUAGUGAUGGGUUUCUGUAUGACCGAGCAGUUAUCCUGGAAUAUAUCGUUGGCCAGAAAGCUGAAAUUCAACGGAAACUAAAGUUGUACGAGAAGCAGAAGGCUCGUCUAGAGGCUGAAGCCAAAUUGCUACUGAAGGCUGAAAAAGAGGAGGAAGCUCGACGGUUUCUGUCUUUAAAUACUCUAGAUACUCAUUCACAAGCAUCUGCACAGGCUGCUGAAGUAGAAGCUCUAGCUUCUUUACCCCACAAACGCAAUGGAGUGACUGGGAAGAAUUCGUGUUUCUGGGCUUCUGCCAGCACAUCAGACCAGAAAUUCGACAAAGAACUCAUGGGUAAACCUGAUAAAAUUGUACGUUGUCCGAUGAGUGGUAAGCCGUUGAAGUAUAAAGAUUUAGUUAGUGUCAAGUUCACCAGCUUUGAGGAUGAUUCUAAAGUAAUGGGAUUCAGUCAAAGCAAACCAGUCAAUCGUGAAGUUAAAUACUGUUGUGCUGUUUCUAAGGAUCCCCUCACAAAUGCCACAGUUUGUGUUGUUCUUAAGACGUCUGGAGCAGUAGUCACCAAAGAAGUCGUCAAUACUGUGAUAAGAAAAGAAAUGAUUGAUCCAAUUAAUGGGCAGAAAAUGAAGCCGAAUGACUUUAUUGAACUUCAAAGAGGAUCUCUUGGUUUUGCCGAUGAACGAACAUUGUUAACUGCCAAACGUGUCCGGCCAUCUAUGCAAACUUAAAACUUCUUUUCCAUAGAUAUGACUUCUACUUUUCAGAAAUAUUUUCUGUACAUAUUUUGCGUUACUUUGUAUAAAUCUGAAUAAUCAGAAACAUUCUCAGCGCACUUGCCGUUUCAUUCUCAAUUUGAGUUUAGUCAAACUUUCACUCUUUGUUCGUCACAGUGUUCCACAAUGCUACAGUUCAUUGGGAAUUUGAGGCUUCCGAUUUACCAUGUUAGUUCUGCAUAAAUCGAAAUUCUAAAAACCACUAGAUUUCUUCCAUAAUUUAUUGGUAUGUAUUUUCAUAUCAUUUUGAGAUCUUGAACCACUGUGUUUAUGUUAAUUUGUAGUCAGUUUACGUUCAUUUUUUUAGUUGUAUGUUUUCUGUAACUAUUUCUUUGAUCAUUGGAAGUGCUAGUUGUGUUUAGUUAGUUAACUUGUCUCUGGGAGUGCAGAAAGAGGUUUAAAACUGGUGAACAAGACGAGGAGUACUUUUGCAUGGUAUUUUUGAGUUAAUUAUGCAGUGUUAAAAUUCAACGUAGGUUACAUUAGAAAAUUCUUGUUAACCUUAAUCCCAGUUGUCGUAUCAUUUUUCGUUGGUUUUACCUCUUUCUCCUCGUCCUCUUAAACGUUUUACGACUUUCGAUUAUAUUUUUCUCCUGUAUUUACCUAUAUAUCAUCUUGAUGUGUCGUCAGAUGUAGCAACUACAACUGUUAUGGAACAUCGCUAGGUCCUGGUUAGUAUCAACGUGCGACUUGGUAUUACUACGUAACAUCCAUGCUGUCACACCUCAUUUCAGCACAUUAACGUAGAAAGCAUCAAAAUGAGAAAAAAUACGGAAGAUAGCAAUAGCCAAAUCCCGUGUUGAUAUUGAUUGACUAAAGUUCUUCAAAAGCAACAGUUAUUUUUGAUCCAGUAUUUUAUGAACUCCUUGACCAACUGGAUUUCUUUGAAUUUCUUUUCGGAAACGAUAUUUCAGGACUAUACACUGACCUCAAAAGCUCUCUUUAGCGGUUGUACUGAUUGUUGUAUCAUGCAACUUAUGGACUUCAGUCGCUUUACCGUCCAUUGAAAUUCGUUGCGUAUCGAAUAAAAAUUGAUUAGUGAGCUAUGAAAUUAGAUUUUAGGAUGUGACUCUGCUUGCUUCGAACCUAACAUGAUUUUCUCG